UUUCAUUUUCAACGGAGAGUUACAAUUGAUUUGGGAGAGUAUUUAAGAAUCAACAUUUCAAAGAGUCCCUCCGACCUCUACCCAUUAAAAUAAUUAAAUGCUCAGUCUCGCGCCUCUCAUCUCAAAACACUCCAAUCAUUCUUCAUCUUCGGCGGCCCCCCCUAGAGAGAGAUCAGAGAUGGGAAAGCACAUGAGAGAAGCCAAGAUCGCCGGCGACGUGGCGGUGAUAGAGCUACCGCAGCCCACAAUCGGCGUUCGCACCCGCGCCAGAAUCCUAGCAUUACUGCGCCGACAAUCCUCCGCCCCGCCCUCAAGGCCGGUCAGAGUGAGUUCUGGUUGUUCUGUUGGGUCGGAUGGUUAUGAUUUGGGCAUGGAGGCUUCUUCCAAUGGUAGUGAACCAAUUCAACCAAGAGACCACUGCUUAGCAAGAAGGGAGGCGAAUGAGGCGACACAUUCAGUGACGGGAGAUUCGAUAGUAAAUCUUCCUUCGAGAGGGGAAAUGGAUGAAUUUUUCGUUCGCUCCGAGCAGCAACAGCAGGCUCUUUUCAUUGACAAGUACAAUUACGACAUCGUGAAUGAUUUACCUCUACCGGGACGUUAUGAUUGGGUGAAAGUGAGCCAGUAAUUACCUGGACGCCGUGAAGUUUACGGCUCUUCAGCCAUUCCCAUUGUCUUCUUCAACUAGUGUAAUCACAGUAACCUCUAGAUGUGUGUAGUUUAGUAACCAUUAGGUGUGUUGUUGUUGUUGUCAUUUAUGUGUAGUUUAACCUCUAGGUGAGUCAUUAU